UGGUCACAUUUUUUUAACCAUUCUUUGCUACUAUAAAUUCAGUUCUAUGUAGCCCCAUAUUUUCAUCCCUCAACUAUCAUAUUCCACUCUUUCUUUCAUCCACAACUUCCCAACCGUCGUUCUUUCCUUUCUACUUAUCUCAAGAAUCAUGGCCUUCAAUCCAAAUCCAAAAACCUUUCUUCUCUUCAACAUGUUCCUCUUAUUAGGCAAUUUAGCAUCUGCUACGGUGUUUACCAUACAAAACCAAUGCAGUUACACCAUUUGGCCGGGAACUCUUUCCGGCAAUGGGGCUGCAAUUCUCGGUCAAGGUGGUUUUUUGCUAGCCCCCGGUGCAUCAGUUAGUUUGACCGCACCGGCGGGUUGGUCAGGACGCUUCUGGGCUCGGACUGGUUGCGAAUUUGACGGUGCAGGCAAUGGAAAAUGUGUCACUGGAGAUUGUCCCGGUGGACUAAACUGUAUCGGAGGAGGUACCCCACCGGUGACAUUGGCCGAAUUCACUAUUGGAUCAGCCGGUAAUGGCGGCAAGGACUUCUACGACGUGAGCUUGGUAGACGGUUACAAUGCAGGCAUGGGUGUAUGGGCUACAGGAGGCACCGGUGAUUGUCAAUAUGCGGGGUGUGUUGCGGACUUGAAUGGUGGAUGUCCGGCAGAGCUUAGGGUGAACAGUGGAGGUUCGGUGGUGGCUUGUAAGAGCGCGUGUUUGGCGUUCAAUAUGGAGGAAUUUUGUUGCACCGGCCAACAUGCCACGCCACAAACAUGUUCGCCUACACAUUAUUCGGAGAUAUUUAAGAAAGCUUGCCCAACUGCUUACAGUUAUGCUUAUGAUGAUGCUUCUAGCACUUGCACAUGUUCUGGUUCCGAUUACCAUAUCACGUUUUGCCCCAAUGGAUCAUCAUGAUCAUAUUCGUUAGUUAAUGUGUCACAUUUUAUUUGAUGAAAGAUGCCACAAAUUUACUACAAGAUCAUCACUUCAUUGGUUAUUUUGGAUCUAGGGAGCGUAUAAUCUAUAUCUUAUGUUGUUUGCUUACUUUAGUUUUCCUCUCUUGUUUUACUUUUUUAUUGACUAGUUGUAAUUGAAAAAUAAAGGAAGCUUCUUAUAGACACAUUAGUUGUUAGUGAAUCAUUGGUUACAUCAAACUCUUUCAACCUUCCUCAGGGAGACCAACAAAAAUAAUACAACAUGGUUCAGUACUAGGUUGUAGCUCUUUUGUUCAGCACAAUCGUCUUUUCUUUUUAUCUUGUUUGUGAAUGUUCUAAAUAAAUGUCUACAAGUGCAAUAAUAGAGUCACA